UGGGGAAAGUGAGAAGGCAGAAGAAGAACGGGUGUUAAGUCUUUCAGUUUGUAGUUCUAUCUGGUACUUUAGAAAAGAAAAGAAAAAUACUAUCCACUACUUGCCCCAAAAUAUGAUUCCCCGGGACUAGAUACCUUUGGACAUUUGAUUGGGAAGAAAAGAAGCAAUCAACGUUAGAAGUCUGAGAAUUAGAUGCAGUUGCAAGUAUUUUAGAAGCAAAAGAAAAUCACAUCUCUUUAAUAACUUGCAGGGUCUGGAUUGUCCAAUGAGCCAUUGAAAAAGAAAAGAAAAAUCAGCCUCAAGCACGGACUGACUAUAAUUAUAUUAAAAUAUAAUUAGUCACUUUAAGAUCGUCUUUGGCUAUAACGGAUUCAUCCAGUGUGACCCUGCAGCCUGUCUGAGAAAUUCGGGGAAACUUUCUGCAGAUGCUGUCCAGGCAACCGGGAGAGCUAGCACCAGCCAGAGGGGAAAAGGUUGAGGCUUUGUAGGAAGGCGCGGGAGGAGUUUGGCAAUGAUUGAUGGGAAAGAUACUAAUGAAUAAAAGUACUUGUGGAUGGCGAGCACGGACCCGGAGCAAGUUGUAGAUGUUGCCUGUCUGGCAUCAUCUGAGUCAUUUCGUCAGAGCCAGACCCGCCUGCAACUCCAGAGGGGCGUGCUUAACCCCAUGUGCAGCCAGAAGCCGAGCUGUGAGAGCUGAAUGUGCUUUUCAGAGCUAGGAUCAUCAAUCCAGAGGCAGGAACACCAGCCCCCGCCCGCUGGGAAGGAGAGUCCAAAAUUUUGUUCCUGGACGAGCAGCAAGGCUCCUGACGCCUAGCUGGAAAGCAGUCCUCCCGGAUUUCUACUCGUAUUUCGGACAGAGCAACGUAAUGCAGCAGUAUCUCAGCCCUGGCAGUCCCCUCCUGCUGCUGCUGCUUUUUCUCUUCUGCGGCACUUUUAGGGUCUGGGGAGAGGAGAAUGAGCUCCUAUCCUCCCGGGACACCUUAGCCCCGCUGGGGGACGGGGAAGUGAUGACACCCACUGCCAGAGCCGCCUGGCCCAAGGCGACCAACGCUAGCCAGCCUCUACCAUCGGUACCACAGGGGCGGCCCCGCAGCCUCUCUCCCACCAUGUGCUCGGGCCAGACGGAGAUCAAGGAGACUUUCAAAUACAUCAAUACCGUGGUGUCCUGCCUGGUGUUCGUGCUAGGCAUCAUUGGGAAUUCCACCUUGUUGAGAAUCAUUUACAAGAACAAGUGCAUGAGGAAUGGCCCCAACAUCCUCAUCGCUAGUCUGGCCUUGGGAGACCUCCUCCAUAUCAUCACUGAUAUCCCCAUUAAUGUCUACAAGCUGCUUGCGGAAGAUUGGCCCUUUGGAGUUGAAAUGUGCAAGUUGGUCCCCUUUAUUCAAAAGGCUUCUGUGGGCAUCACGGUACUCAGCUUAUGUGCUCUAAGUAUUGACAGGUAUCGGGCUGUUGCUUCCUGGAGCCGGAUUAAGGGGAUUGGAGUGCCGAAAUGGACCGCAGUGGAAAUUGUUUUAAUUUGGGUUGUUUCUGUUGUUCUGGCUGUCCCCGAAGCGAUUGGUUUUGAUAUGAUUACUAUGGACUACAAAGGAAAGUACCUUCGAAUUUGUUUGCUUCAUCCUACUCAGAAAACUUCCUUUAUGCAGUUUUAUAAAACAGUUAAGGACUGGUGGCUGUUUAGCUUUUAUUUCUGCUUGCCUUUGGCCAUCACUGCAUUUUUCUACACUUUGAUGACCUGUGAAAUGUUGAGGAAGAAAAGUGGUAUGCAAAUCGCUUUAAAUGACCACUUAAAGCAGAGACGUGAAGUAGCCAAAACUGUUUUUUGCCUGGUGCUGGUUUUUGCUCUGUGUUGGCUUCCCCUUCAUCUCAGCAGGAUUUUGAAGUUCACUCUCUAUGAUCAAAGUGAUCCCAAUAGAUGUGAACUUCUGAGCUUUCUGUUGGUCCUGGACUACAUCGGCAUCAACAUGGCUUCAUUGAAUUCCUGCAUUAAUCCAAUUGCUCUGUAUUUGGUGAGCAAGAGAUUCAAAAACUGCUUUAAGUCUUGCUUGUGUUGUUGGUGCCAAUCUUUUGAGGAGAAACAGUCCCUGGAGGAAAAGCAAUCCUGCUUAAAGUUCAAAGCAAAUGAUCAUGGAUAUGACAACUUCCGCUCCAGUAAUAAAUACAGUUCAUCAUGAAAGAAGAAUGAGGGAGUCACUGAACUGUAGUCCCUUCAUUUUGGACAGAAUUGUUAUGUUUGAGACAAUGGGGCAUUGGAGUCAUAGUUUUGUGUUUGCACAAAAAAAUGGUGAGAAAGUGAUUGUUCGCGUAAUACUAAUAGUUCUUCAUGGUCUCUUUAGUUGUUUACAGUACAUGAAGGAAAGUAGGAAGAAAAGAAAGAGCACCUCAUUGUCAUAGCACUUAAAAUCUUUGAAGUUAGCACUUCAGUGGAACUCUAAAUAACUUCCUGUAGGUUAAUAUGCCAUUUCUAUUCAGCAUGAAUUCAACCAGAAUUUUCAGUCCAACAGUUGUUUUCUUAUUGAUGUGAAUCCAACAUAGGAUACAAAAGAACAGACUUCUCUGCAUAUCAUAAAUGUACAAAGUGAUUAAAUUAGGGCUUUUAAAAAAUCCUAAAAAAAAGAAAAGGUGUUUUAAUUUUUAUCACAAGGGUAACACUACUGGCUAGAUAUAGCAUUGAUAGAUAUAGGAGGUGAAAGUGUGUGAAAGUGAAGUUUAGCUGGGUUUUUUUUUGUUCAAGUUUAAAAGCAUACUUGAACCCUCCCAAGGAAGGCUCAGAAAAUGUCAUCUAAGAAAUGGGUCCAAAAAAUAAUUGAACACCCUUCAAAAUAAUAGAUGGAAACAAAUAUAGCAAAGAAAAAGAGGGAAUAUUUGAACUAUUGUUUGGACUGAGUUCUUUGAGAAUUUUUACAUCCUUUGGAUUGUUUUUGGAAGACGUUUCUAUUUUCAUAGAUGGGGUUUAAGGCUAUAUUUGAUUAGUUUGGACUUCUGUAAAUAUUUAGAUGAUUUCUAACUACAUCUAGAUUACUUAACUAAGGGCAGGUCCCGUUCUUCAUACCUUUAAACAAGAGAGAUGCCAGUAGCAACCAUAAGGUAGAUUGCCUGGAGAAGUCUACUUUGGCAAUUGAGAAGGCCUCAUGCUCCACACACUCCCUUGAAUACUAUAAUUAAGUAGUUCGUAGGUAUAUAAUAUUAAUUAAGAUACUAAGAUUAUUCUGAAGUGGCUUUGAUGCUCUAAUCAGUCAAUUAUUAACUUUUUCCCCCAGAGGGCAAUUAAUGGUCUCCAUAUAUUUUCCCAUUUUUCCUCAAAUUUUAGCCAUCAGAAAAAAAUAGUGAUAUUUGGCCUUACUACCCCAACAGACAAAAGUACUCUAAGAACUAUAAAAUCUUUGACAGUUUAUAUUUUCCAGGAAUUUUUAAUCUGCUCUGCAAAGUGUCUUACUUAUGGGGUUACAUCGUUAUAUGCACAUGAGCAAGAGGAAAGAAAAGAGGGAAAGAGAAAGAAAGGAAAUUAGGUGGGACAGGAAGAAAAUUGAAAGGUACAGAUUCCCACUGUUAUUGCAAAGUUGUCAUUGUCCUGUGGAUGCAAAUGCAAAAGAUCCUAACUCAAUUCCAGCAGAGCAACACUGUAAUGUUCUCAGAGCUCCUACAGGAUUGAAUUGGACCCAAGAGCUUUGCCUUUUACUCCUAAAAUAUCACAGAACUUUUUUUUUUUUUGGUAACCAAGACCACAUGUAGGAAAUAAGCUACUAAUGUAGUUUCCUGCCAGUUUCUAAACUGAUGAUAAACUAAACCAAAAACUAACAUUGUGGCCAAGAAGAAAUGACAAUAACUCCAUGUGGGUAAUUCACAUGCCAUGUGCAUACUAUUUAUAAAUCACACAAUGGGUCCUGUCUAUUAGCUUCCACAGCCACUGCCUUAAACUGCUGUCAUCAUAAAAAUACAUUCAGUGCCUUAAAAGGGGGAGACAGUGAAUUCUAUGAUAGCCAUUGGUCAGUGUUAUUUUCAAAGUUUCAUCAUCUUUCUGUUUCUAGUUGAGUUGAAGCUGCAGUAUUUUACCACUAUGUAACCCAUUUUGAUUUCUCUGCACUAAUUCCUUGCUCAGUCAAGCAUCCUUGGACGUGGCUACCCUCUCAUGCCCUACAACUUCAAGUCCAUUGCACGAGAAUUUUGCCAGACCUGGAAAUUGCACACACAAAGAGCAUAUGCACUGUUUUUAAAAAUGUAAUCAUAGUCAAUAACUUCUAAAAAUGCUAGUUUGAUAUUUUCAAAGUAAUAAUAAAGGCUGGGAAGAAACAGAGAUGAUUCUUGGCAUUAUUGAAGCCAAGAUCAGAAAGGUGCUACUUGAACUAUGUAAUACUUACCAAAUUAUGUUUAAGCUAAAAACCAUCAUUCCCCAGCAACGCGAACUAUGUAAUAUAGUUCUGGCCCCAAAAAGUAGCUUUUAUAUUGCAGCUUACAGAUUUUAAAUACUUCUAAUCUUUGUCAUAUCCUGCUAAUAUGUCAGUAUUACUUAAUUCGAGGCUCAUAUCCUACUGAGUAUUGCCAGAUUGUGUGUGUGUCUGAAGGCACAUAACCCACGACUUAGUAAGGGGACUCUGUAGCUAACUGAAAAUAUACAAAUGUUUUCUUUAUAAAGUUGUAUAGAACCAUGUAAAAUAACAAUAUAUAUAUAACAAUAUAUUUUGAUUUCUGUGGUCACUUAAAGUGGCAACUACUGUAGUUGCUGAAUACUUAUUUGCUAGGUAAACAAAGUGAAAUUAUCAAUAAAAUUAUUUUUAAUUGUUUGAAA